AUGGCAGAUGAAGAGCAGCAGCAGCCACCGCAGAAGCUGCCACUGCGGUCUCCCACCAAAGAACAACAACCUGAAUUAGAACAGUCCAAACUAUCCAACAUAGCCCCCGAGGCAGCAGAGGCUGAAGCAGAACAACAAGCAGAGGACAAUGCCGCUCCCGCAGACGAAGCGGAGGGUACCAUCGAUGCAGCACCAGCUACCGACCAAGACAACUUAACCACCGUCGUGCGCGGUGAGAACACCGAAGCCGCCGCACGCACUGCAGCUAUCUUUGACGAGGAUGAUGAAGAUCAAGACCAAAGCGACCUGCCUAGCUUCCGUAGACACGAUGCAAGGGAUGCUAGCGACCCAGAUGAUCCAGAUGCAGCAAUCAUUCGAAAGAAGAAGAAGAAGCGUCAUCAUAGUCCUGACGCACCAGCUGCAGCAAGGCAUGCUAGCGGAGAGCGAGAGAUGGAGCCAGAGCAAGAGGACGGCCCUUAUGCGAACAUGACUGAAGCAGAGAUCCGACGAGCAAGAACGGACAGGAUGAUCGACGAAGCUUUGCGUGCUGGAAAGAAGAAGGCGCCACGCAAGCGUGCAGGUGAAGACGACCUCGACAUGCUUGCUGACGAAGAAGUUGCACAGCUUCGAAGGGAAAUGAUCAAUGCAGCAGACGAUGAUGAAGAGGCGAACCGACUCAAGAAGCCUGGUACGAACAAGCUCAAGCUUUUGCCCAAGGUCGUUGCUACACUUCAGAAAAAUCACCUCCAGCAGUCGAUUCUUGACAACAAUCUUCUCGAAGGAGUCAAACGCUGGCUUGAACCUCUUCCUGACAAAUCCCUCCCUGCACUCAACAUCCAACACCAAUUCUUCCAGAUCCUUGAACGAAUGACCAUCGACACCAUCUCUCUCAAAAUGUCGGGUCUUGGUAAAGUCGUCGUCUUCUACUCGUUGUGUUCUCGCGUCGAACCCAAGAUCAAGCGUUCUGCCGAACACCUUAUCGAGAUCUGGUCGCGGCCAGUCCUCAAGCGUUCUUCAUCCUAUCGUGAUCGACACAUUGCCAGUGCAGAGUGGAAUCCCGAUGCGUUCGGACAAAGGUUUGCAAACACUGGUGCAGCACAAGUCAAGGAUAACGGAAGGAGGAAUGUUGGGAUUCCUCAGGCGGUCACGGCUGGAUUUAGGGUGGCUCCACAGAGUACGGCUGGUAUGAGAAGCGAUUCAAGCCACGAGGCUAGGAUGGCGAAUCAUAAGAGAUUGAAUCAGUUCAAGAGUCGGUUGAAGGAGGCCAAGCGCUGA